AUGGAGAUGUGUGUGAGAGGCUACCUGGCUGUGAGACCUUUUCCCAAAGGAGAGGAGAGGAAAAGAGCUUGCCUGGAAUCCAUGUCACAAAUCAAAGUCCAACAGGGCUGUUAUCUUCCCAGCAAUCCUGAGGCCAUAGUUUUGGAUAUCAGCUACAAGUCUGGGACCCCCAUGCAGAGUGCUGCCAAAGCUCCCUACUUGGCCAAAUUCAAAGUCAGGAGGUGUGGAGUCAGUGAGCUGGAAAAAGAAGGUCUGAUGUGUCGCUCCGAUUCUGUGGACGACCCUAAGAGCGAGGAAAAGGCCAAGAGAAUUAUUUGGGAGGCAGCCAUCUUUAAAGUGGGAGACGACUGCAGACAGCUAGAAUUUCAACAUAGUGGUUUGUGUUGACAGGACAUGCUGGCUCUCCAGAUCAUCAGUCUGUUUAAGAACAUCUUCCAGCUGGUGGGCCUGGACCUCUACGUGUUUCCUUACAGAGUGGUGGCCACUGCCCCUGGAUGUGGAGUGAUCGAGUGCAUCCCAGAUUGCAAGUCUCGUGAUCAGCUGGGCCGACAGACAGACUUUGGCAUGUACGACUAUUUCAGGAACCAGUAUGGAGAUGAAUCCACGCUAGCUUUCCAGAAGGCAAGAUACAACUUCAUCCGCAACACAGCAGCUUACAUCCUACUGCUUUUCCUGCUGCAGAUAAAAGACAGACACAAUGGCAACAUCAUGCUGGAUAGCCAGGGCCACCUCAUCCACAUCGACUUUGGGUUCAUGUUUAAAAGUUCCCCCGGCGGUAACCUUGGCUGGGAGCUGGACAUCAAACUAACGGAUGAGAUGGUGAUGAUCAUGGGUGGCAAGAUGGAAGCGACGCCCUUCAAGCGGUUCAUGGAGAUUUAUGUGGAGGCUACCUGGCUGUGAGGUGAACCCUACAUGGAUGGAAUCGUCUCCUUAGUUAACCUCAUGCUGGACACUGGACUUCCCUGCUUCAGAGGACAGACCAUCAAACUGCUCAAGUUCUCCCAGACGAUCCAUCGACCCUGUUUGACCAUUGGUACGUCUCUUCUGUCUCAAACUCCUCCAUCAUGUGUGUGA